CAGAAUUUUCAACAUGGUUGACAAAUUGUUGUAUAAUACGAUUUUGUCACAAACUUUUUCACCAUGUGGCAAUUAUCUUCUUGCCGGAAAUACCUACGGUGAUGUCGCUGUUUAUGACUUACAGAAGAUACUAAGCCCAGGAGAUGGCUUGACCCCAUCCUGUAGGAAAGCUGAGUAUCAUUUCUGUGUGAAACAAGAUGUUCAAAUCUGCAGCAUGGUCACCAUUGACAAAUUUCUUCUUAUUGGAAUGGUUGGAGAAAUUACAGGCUGGGAUUGGAAAACCAUAACAGCCAGCAAGAAUCCAAAACUAGCAUUCAGCAUACAAAUUCCUACUGCAAAAGAUGCCCUAGAAAAGCCUGAUGUCAACUCCAUGUUAUACUGCAAGACAGAUGGACAUAUAUAUGCUGGUUGUGGUGAUAACAAAAUUUACAUCUUUACUCUGGAGGAUGGAAAACUGGUAAGAACCUUGGAGGGCCAUGAUGACUAUAUCCACAGCAUCCACAAUAUUGGGUCACAACUUGUGUCUGCAAGUGAGGAUGGUUCUGUAAGAUUAUGGGACAUGAGGCAGAAGAUACGCACGAACACUGUACAACCAUACUUGAGUGAGAAACUGGUGCGGCCAGAGCUUGGAAAAUGGAUUGGUGCUGCUUCCUUAAGUGAAGACUGGUUGCUGUGUGGUGGAGGACCAAGACUCUCAUUGUGGCAUCUUCGUUCACUAGAUGUUACAACAGCUUUUCAGUUGGAUGAUUCUGGCAUACACGUGGCCAUGUUCUAUGAUGACCGCAUUAUGGCUGGUGGAGCCAGCCCACACUUCUAUAAUCUAAAUUAUACAGGAGAUAUAUAUGCACAAAUUCCAUCUUCUUCUACAUCCAUUUAUUCUGCGGUGUAUCAAGAAACCCCACUUAAGGUGAUGUGUAUGGCUGGUUCCAGUUCAAAGAUUGAUCUCUGUACAAAUUUCAAUUACCGAGAUCAGAUUCUUACGCUUGCCCCGUGACGUAAUUCUGCUGGAAGAUGAAGUGCACUUUUUUAUACAAUUGUCAUAACAUAAUGUAUUAUUUGCCUACAUGGUAUAAAGUAAAGUGAAAUAUUUGUUACUUAA